AAUCAUGUUGAUCGUGGACACGGAUCCAUCACACGGGUGCCAAUUUAUCACGUGCGAAGCGACGCACCUUUUGAACAUCUUCCCUGAAAACUAUAAGAAAGACGGCUAACCGUAAAAAUUCCGAUUGAUAAAGCGCAGUCCAACCGCAUGAUCUAACAGAGAGAAAGAAACAACCUCAGAAAGAAGACUUCUCCGCCUCAGAAAGGUCUUCUCAUUUUUAUUUUUAUUUUUGCGGAAAACCCCCUUCCAUAAAAAUUCAUGGCUACCAAUGACCAAGAAGCAGAAGAAGACAGCUUACUCGCAACUCCUUCUCCUCUAAUCCCAGCAGAAGGAAAAGGAUUCGAAUCCGACGACGCAGAGAAAGCCUACGACUCCCACGAGCAGAUUCUGGUCUCGAUCUGGACAGACGAUUCGUGCGACGGCUCGGAUUCGUCCUCGAUCCCACCCUUCUCAUGGAAGAAGCUCUGGCUCUUCACCGGCCCUGGCUUCCUCAUGAGCAUCGCCUUCCUCGAUCCUGGCAACCUCGAGGGCGAUCUCCAGUCGGGGGCCAUCGCCGGGUACUCGCUCCUCUGGCUCCUCAUGUGGGCCACCAUCAUGGGUCUCCUGAUCCAGCUGCUGUCCGCCCGGCUCGGUGUUGCCACGGGCCGGCACCUUGCCGAGCUCUGCCGAGAGGAAUACCCGCCAUGGGCCAGCUACACGCUCUGGGUAAUGGCUGAGGUGGCCCUGAUCGGGGCCGACAUCCAGGAGGUGAUCGGGAGUGCAAUCGCUAUCCAGAUUCUGAGCCAUGGGGUGCUGCCGCUUUGGGCCGGCGUCGUAAUUACUGCGUUGGAUUGUUUCAUCUUUCUAUUUCUUGAGAACUAUGGGGUGAGGAAAUUGGAAGCCGUUUUUGUGGUUCUCAUUGCAACAAUGGCGCUUUCUUUUGCAUGGAUGUUUGGUGAAACCAAACCCAGUGGCAAGGAGCUUCUAAUAGGUGUUUUGGUUCCAAAACUUAGCUCGAGAACUAUACGUCAGGCUGUGGGUGUUGUGGGUUGUGUCAUUAUGCCACACAAUGUGUUCUUGCAUUCUGCUCUGGUGCAGUCGAGAAAGAUUGACACCAACAAGAAAGGUAGGAUUCAAGAGGCCCUCAAUUACUAUUCUAUUGAGUCGACAGUCGCCCUCCUCAUCUCCUUCAUGAUCAAUUUGUUUGUGACAACGGUUUUCGCAAAAGGAUUUUACGGAACGAAGAAGGCUGAUUGUAUAGGCCUUGCAAAUGCUGGGCAGUAUCUUCAACAGAAGUACGGGGGUGGGAUAUUUCCAAUCCUUUAUAUUUGGGGAGUUGGGUUAUUAGCAGCCGGGCAGAGUAGUACCAUUACUGGGACAUAUGCAGGGCAGUUCAUCAUGGGAGGUUUUCUCAACCUCAGGUUAAAGAAAUGGCUGAGGGCAUUAAUCACGCGAAGUUUUGCGAUUGUGCCAACUAUAAUUGUCGCUCUUGUCUUCGACACCUCCGAGGCUAUGUUGGAUGUCUUGAAUGAAUGGCUUAAUGUGCUUCAGUCGGUUCAGAUACCAUUUGCGCUUAUUCCGCUUCUUUUUUUGGUGUCCAAGGAGCAAGUCAUGGGUUCCUUUAAAAUCGGCUCGAUACUCAAAACGGUGGCAUGGGUCAUAGCUGCGCUUGUGAUAGUGAUCAACGGGUAUCUUUUGACGGAUUUCAUCUCUUCCGAAAUAAGUGGGCCGUGGUUUGGUUCUGUUAUAUGUGUCGCCACAGCAGCAUAUGUUGCAUUUAUUGUUUAUCUUGUUUUUCGAGAUGGUGAUCUUUCUGCAUGGCUUGGCCGAGCAUUCUUGAAGAGGUUCACCAACACGGGCAACUGAAUGUCUAAUUGUUACCCAAAAAUCAACAUCUCCUGAAUAUACAACAAAAAAAGAAGAAAGAGCAAAAUCGCGAGUGGCCCGGUGAUUACAAUUCCAGCCCAAUAUUUCUAACUUAAUGCUGAUCCUUUUCAAAACCCAUGUGCUUACUUGGAGCUUCCCCCUCCACCUAUUAUCGCAAAAUAUAAAUGAUCAACUUGUCAUAUUGUGCCAUACAAAGGAGGGUGCCAUUGCUGUAUAGUCAGAAAUGGGUAUUCUUUGCUCCUUGUGGAGGGUUACAGAUGCUUUCUAUCAGGGCUACUGGGAGAUGUCUAUCCAGGCACCCAUGUAAACGACCCCAUGCAGCAGAUUCUUUUUUUUUUUUUUUGGUGACCCAUUUGCAUGUAAAGUCGAACUAGCUGGAUUGAGCUUAUAGAGAGAGCAUUUCUUCUUUUUAUUUAUUUAUUUAUUUAUGGGCGAGCACCAUAAGCAUGUUAGAUGUUACCAGGCACGCAUUUGGUUUGUUGUUUUAAGCUGAGAAUUACACCAUGUUUUAGGUUUUGAGUUUGAAUGUUUCCAGAGAGUAGAUAUGGAAUUUGAUUAGUCUGCGGAUGCUUUGUCAAA